AUGCGUAUGUCAUUGAAGAACUCCACGGUUGCGUCUUCUCGCGCGCGUCUGUUAAUGGAGACGCUGAUGGUGCUGAUGAGUCUGGGCGCAGUGACGGGAAAUGCUUUAGUCAUUGUGAUCGUGGCAGCCACGAAAACUCUCCACACUGUGACCUCCAUCCUGAUCAUCAAUCUGGCCAUCAGUGAUCUGUUAGUGGGAAUAGGCGUCAUGCCUUUUGUGGCGGUAUCCAUUAUGAACAACGGAUGGGUCAGCUGCAAUGAUCUAUGUCUGUAUGUUGGCUACACCUCUUCUGUCUACUGCACUGCGUCGGUCUUAACUCUCGCCGCUAUUGCGCUGGACCGUUACUUCUCCAUCGUGGACUGCCUGCGGUACGACUCCCGCUGCACUGUAUGGAGAACAGGUUCGGCUGUGUUCUGGAUCUGGAUGCAAGCCAUGGUGACCAGCUGUCCUCCUCUCUUCGGCUGGAGCAACGUGAGCUACGUGGCUCCAAUGUACAGCUGUGCCGUAAACUUGGCAAACAGCCCCAGCUACACGGUUUUCAUGGCUGUACUGUGCUUCUUCCUUCCGGGCGUAGUCAUCUUGUACUGCUACGUGAAGAUCGUACGCGUGGCCCGGUACCAUGCCAGGAGGAUCCACAGCUUGGAGGAACACUUCCGGAGCAAGCCCACAUCGGCAUCUGUUUCGGACCUUCAGCAUGCAUCUGCAGAUGAGGAAAUGUACGCGCCCUCCAAACUGGUGUACUACGUGAGCGGCAGGUUUGUGACUGACGUGCGAUUGGAGGUUCCGGGUGAAAUAGCUCCAGAAGCACCAUCUGGAGAUGACGGUUCUUCCGGGGAAGCUGAUGGACGUCUGCACUCCAUCCUGGCUCAACUCCACGGCAGCAGCCCUCGGCUUCCCAACCCGCCUCAGCACCACGGCAUCUUGAGGUUGUUCAUGGUCAUCGCUGCUUUUUUUCUUUGCUGGAUGCCGUACAUUAGCGUAUCUCUGGUGCAGGCUACCGAAACUGCUCUUUCUCGGCACACCAGCCUCGUGCCUUCCUCUGCGGUUACGUUCUCCUACUGGCUUGUGUUGCUUAAUUCUGAUAUCAACCCUUUGCUGUACGCCCUCUUAAGCAAGCGCUUUCAGAGGGCACUUCAGAGUUUGAGAUGGAAGAUUCAGGGCAGGCUUGGUGGUGCUGUGGGACAAGCCGGAGUUGAGAGAUCCACAGUCGGAGGUGGAGUAGACAGCGACCCCACAAACGGAACAAGCCAUAGCUCCUCGGCACAUUCCAGAAAUGACGGGGCACCUCUGGAGUCGACAUAUUCCUCCGUCUUUACUCUCAGCUCUUCGUUUCCCAACAGCAUAGAGGAGCAACUGAGCAAUGUUAUUCCUCCUGCUUCUCAAUCUGUCUGUCGGAAAUGUGGCGGAAAUGAUGCCAGGACUGUGGAUCACCUGCAGGUUCCUUCUAGACAACGUGAGAGAAACAGACUCCCCUAUUCUGCUGCAACUCAUAAGAAACAAGCAACGUUCUUUUAUGGACAGAUUACAGUAAGAGUUGAACACGAUAUCGGCUGAAGACAUUCACUGUCUUGCGUACGCUCUGUGAACUAAAGGUGAAAAAAUAGGAGCAAGA